AUGGCAGCUAGUGAAGAUUCUAGCAAGGCCAUCAACAAGGCCGAUGUCCGAGAAAACGACAGCAGUGAUGAGUCUGGUUCCUCAUCAAUCGAACACCCUUUUACGGAUCCUGAAAUAGCCGAUCGUUGGCGCAAGGUAUACGAAAAUGCAAAGUAUGAGAAUCGUCACCGGUUUGAUCCAAACUGUACCUGGACGGCCCAGGAAGAGAAGAAGCUUGUUAGAAAGAUCGACUUCCGCAUCUGUCUUUGGGCAUGGGUCAUGUUCCUCUCCCUGGACUUCCACCGGCGUAACAUCAACCGUGCUAUCUCCGACAACAUGUUACCAGAAAUCGGCAUGACUACAAACGACUUCAACUAUGGCCAAACCAUCUUUCUCGUUUCGUUUCUUUCUGCUGAGUUGCCCAGCGGGUUGGUCAGCAAGAAGCUCGGUGCUGAUCGAUGGAUUCCUUUUCUCAUUUGCUGCUGGUCUCUAGUCGCAGGUUCUCAGGCUGCACUGCAUAGCCGAAAUGCUUACUUCGCCAUCAAGGCUCUUCUCGGUCUUUUGAUGGGUGGAUUCAUCCCGGAUAUCGUGCUUUGGCUCACUUACUUCUACAAGUCCAAUGAGCUACCCAUCAGACUGGCCUUUUUCUGGACUGCGCUUAGCACCAGCAACAUCGUUGGUUCUCUUCUUGCAGCAGGCAUUCUGCAGAUGCGAGGUGUCUUGGGAUGGGGUGGCUGGCGAUGGUUGUUUCUCAUUGAGGCUAUUGGAACGUUCAUCAUCGGCCUCUUCUCUUGGGUUCUCAUGCCCCCUGGCCCAUGUCAGACCAAGAAUUGGUUCCGUGGUAAGGAUGGAUGGUUCAAUGAGCGUGAAGAGUAUAUCAUGGUGAAUCGACUGCUUCGUGAUGAUCCGAGCAAGGGAGAUAUGAACAAUCGAGAAGCCGUCAACCUCUCCAAGCUCUGGAAGGCUAUCAAGGACUGGGAACAGUGGCCAUUGUACAUCAUCGGUCUCAUGGUCUAUAUUCCUCCUUCCCCCUUCAACACUUACCUCUCUUUUAUCCUUCGCCAAAUCGGGUUCUCCGUCUUCCAAGCCAACCUUCUCGCAAUUCCCUCCCAAUUCCUCUACGCCGUCAACUUACUCAUCAUCACCUGGCUCUCAGAGCGAGUCAAAGAACGAGGAAUGCUAUCAUCAAUCUCCAACAUCUGGAUCUUCCCUUGGGUUCUUGCCCUCGUUGUCCUUCCUGGCGACAUAUCCCCCUGGGUUCGAUAUGCUCUCAUCACAGGUCUUCUUAGCUACCCAUACUGUCAUGCUAUUCUAGUCGGCUGGAAUGCCAAGAAUAGCAACAGUGUGCGCACGAGAGCUAUCAGUGCGGCUCUGUACAACAUGUUUGUGCAGACGGGUAACAUUGCUGCGUCCAAUAUCUUCCGUGAAGAUGACCAGCCUCUGUAUCGCCGUGGUAACAGAGUCAUUCUUGGUAUUACAUGUGCCAACAUUGUUCUGUUUUACUUGGUCAAGGGGUUCUAUCUCUGGCGAAACAAGGUCCGCGACGAGAGAUGGAAUACUUUGACUAAGGAGCAGCAGCAGGAUUAUCUUCUCAACACUACAGAUGAGGGUCAGCAGCGAAUGGAUUUUAGAUUCGCCCACUAG